CCACAAAGGUCGUGCAUUAAACCUGUGAAUUGCGUCCAAUAUUAGCAUCAAUCAGUACCAAUAAAGAAGGAAAUAACUGCAAAUCAUGGCACUCAGUCAAACCUGAUUAAUGCUGCUAUUUUCAAUGCACGUGACUAGAUCUGUUUGAGCAGUACUAUAAAUUCAUGUGAAUGGUGAAGAUUAGGUUGAGUCUGUGCCUUAUCGUGAGUGCAUUAACAUGCAUUAGAGUGUCACCUGGGAAAAUAUCCGGACAAAUUUUUAAUUUAAUUUUUUUGGCAUCACUUGAGCUUCAACCGGUAUCAUUAUAUACAGUAGCCUGGUGUCGGACGAGUUAGUCAUGACAUAUUUCUCUGGUUGAAAAUUUUCUUGUUGAAGAAGUUGAGAGACGUAAGUUGGUUGGAAUUUCUCAGCCUUAAUUUUUCAUUCCAUUUUUAUAAAAUCGGUUUCCAUCGGAAAUCAAUAGUCAAUCAAUAGUUAUCAUCAAGACAAUAUGAAGAAUCGAAAUGAAGAUGGUAUAUUGGACGAAGCAGAGUGUUUGGAAAUAGUGGAAAAAAAACUGGUGAAAGAAAAAAUGGGAAAUUAUUCUCUUGUGGAGUAUAAACUCAUUCCCAUGGACGGUUCUAGUGGAUUUAUGGGACAGUACUUCACCCUGAAAGCAACCGUUUCCUCCAGAAGUUCCCCUCCUGACACCCGGACCAUCAACUUUUUCGUGAAAAUUCCACCUCCUGCGGACAGCCCACAGGGAGAGUUCAAUAAUGAGUUCGGCUCUUUCAAAAAGGAAGUGGCGUUGUACACAGAAGUAUUUCCUGAAGUACUAAGAGGUUUGGAUCGGUACAGUGUUCCCGAGUGCUUUUUUGGUCUCGAUGGAGACGUGAUAGUCCUCGAGGAUAUGAUGCCAGCGGGCUACAUCAUGAAGAAUAAAUUAGAUCCUUUUGAUUUCGAUCACUGCAAAGUUGUUCUGGAGACUCUGGCGAAAUUUCACGCGAAAUCAAUUAUUUUUGAAACGUUGUCCAAGAAAAGUUUGCUCGAAGAGUUCCCGCAUUGCAUGCACGAGACGUUAUUUUCUUUCGAUGGAAGAGGUCAACGAGGAUUUCAAGCAGCUGUUGCUGCAGCUCUUGCUAUGAUUGAUUUACUAGAUAGUCUUGAUGACGCUGAGAAGAUCAAAUUCAAAGAGAGGAUCGUCAGCACAGCAGAGAGUCAUGUGGAGAGGCUUAUGCCUUCAAAAAAGUUAAUCAAUGUGCUUUGCCAUGGAGAUCUCUGGGCUAAUAAUCUCUUGUUCAAGUAUGGAGAAGGGGGAAGACCUGACGCGUGCUGUUUAAUUGAUUUUCAAUUAGCGAGGUAUAAUCCACCGGCUCAUGACAUUCUCUGCUUCUUGCAAUUCUCAACGACAAGACAACUACGGGAAAGAUAUGGGCCGGAGCUUUUUAAAAUUUACCAUGACCAGUUAUCGAAAUCAUUGGCCCAUGCUGGUCUAGACCCGGAAAAAAUAUUCCCUCUGAAAGUUUUUCUCGAUUCAGUGGAGGAACUCCGAACCUUCUGUAUGCUGCAUGGAGUCUUAAACACCCCGUUGAUGUUAUUAGAAGCGCAGGCGAUUGACAAUUUAUUCACAGGCGGAAAUGAAAAUGUUGAUUCUCUACUUUUCAAUGAUAGAAGGCCGUUGGUAUUAGGACAUUUUCAUGGGAGACAACACUACCGAGAAAGGAUGACCGAGAGCUUCCUUGAAUUGCAUGAUAGAUUACUACGAUGAGUCAAACUGGGAAGACAGAGGAACAUGUUUUUAAAUUUUCUUCUUCUGUCCAUCAACCUCUUGUAUGAAUAUCGGAUAAUGAGAAAUUAAAUGUUUAAGUUGGAAUUUUGUCCUGUCUAGAACAUUUAUUCAUCCAUUCAUACUCAGGAUCAAAACAAACGUAAGGAGACAAGAAUACCAUUCCUCUGAAUUCCCGUUUUGAGUAAAUAAAACGGUCUUAUUAUCAUCCACUUUGCUCUCCAAUGUUCCAAUAAAAAUCAGAAGUGGAUUGUAAAACUAUUUAGCUAAUGGUUAAGUUUUGUAACAAAACAUAUAUGCAAAUGGAUCUGUAAUUAUCCAGAAGUACGUAAAUAAAGAAAGAUUUGAAAUUAGUCAAAAAUUUCACUUGAAAUUGGACUUUCCAGAAAGGGUGCUCUUCUCACGUUCAUUGCAGACUCAACAAUAAAUACUUUCAAAGUGGAAAUCUUAACAAAAUAAUCAGGAACAGCGCGGAGGGUUAUUAGACAAGAGACACGUGUGGCUACGUAAAAUUCAUGCGUGUAAUUUGAAUUUUUUCAAGACUUCUUCCAUUUGUUACACAAUAACGAUCACAUUACACAUUUUUCCAUUUUUCUCUCGUGAACAUUGGGGUUUCAGGGGCUUUGGUUCAGACGCUUAUAAAAAAAAGUGUUCAUUUUUUUUUGUAUUUUUUUGUUUUUUCUUCCACUCGUGGGGCACAUAUUACCUGAAACACAUGGGACAGAUAGGUUUCAGGUUUCUUCCGACUUUUUUCCAUUUUUUUAUGUAUAUAAUUAUUUUUAUCAUCAAUUAUAAUGAAUAUAUAGUUAUUUACAAUAUUGAAUCUCAUUCUUUAACAAUAACAUCAACAACAUGAUUAAACAACGUUCCUCAUUGGUACACAAAUUGUAAAUGUACAGAUAAAAAAGCAUUAGAUGAGGCUCAAUGAGGCAUUGAAGGUGGCGUACGCUCUGCGCGCCAUUUUUUUUCUUCAUUUAAUUUACCUUUAUACAUCUUGUAUAACCCCAGUAACAUUUGGAUUCAUUUUUUCUUUUAAAUUUCUCAUGUGUUUAAUCUCAUCUUAAUUUUCACCUCUGUAUAAUUAAUUUUAUUCAUCAGACACAUACGUCAUACAUACGCGCAAAAUUCUCACCAUUUUUUAAACAAUGGCACGAAGAGAAUUAAUGGUAAACGAUGAAUGAAUUUGAUUGGGUGCAUGAUUUAAUUAUUAAAGAGAGUGCGUGAAUAAUUGCUUCUCCUACCACUUGAGAAUUUU